CGACCAAGCGCUCUUAGGUCUCAACUCAACAGCACCUCAUCUUGCCUUCAUCCGCCACAGAUUUGUGCAACACCAUCUUACUCAUCCAACAGUCUCGCGAAAGCGCAUCUUUCCCACUUGUUUUGCACGGCCAUCAACUUAAAGCUAGAGCAGCGGGAAAGACAAUGGCUCGUGAUCCUCAGGCUCGCGAGCGCGCGAAUAUUUGGACUGAUAGGGCCUUGCUAUGGCGCUCACCGCACCGGCAUCUGUACGCCAUCGGGCUUGCCAUUAUCACCUCCAUCUGGAUCGUCGAGCUCGAGGUGUUCAAUCGAGCCGCUUCGACCGCUUCCUGUCCAUGGCCAUCUCUAACGCCCGCCUCGCAAGCCUCACGCACGAAGAGAGCAGUUGUGCCCCAAACAGACGAGCGAUCGGAUGAAGCCUUCCACCUACUUGUUCUCGCCGACCCGCAAAUUCUGUGGACGCAUGCGUAUCCAAAUUUGACGCCAUGGCUUCGAAGACUCCCACCAUGGCUUGCAGAUCAUUACAUUCGCAAAGUUUACCGUGCUCUUCUACGAAAAUGGGACACGGACUCGUCUGAGCGAGUCGAUGCGGUUGUCUGGCUUGGAGACCUCACAGAUGAAGGGCGGCGCUCGCAGACGGACGAAGAAUGGGUGCGCAUGUACGACCACUUCGACCAUUUAUUUCCCUUCCAGCGGUCUCAACGUCGGCGCAAUUCCCACCGUGCUUCCUCAGCCGAUGAACGGUUUCGUUUACUGCCCAGGCCUUCCGAGCUUCCUUUCCUCUACACGGUAGGAAAUCACGAUGUGCCCAUUCCUCGAAAGAUGGGGCAGGCCAGCGACGUAGAGUCGGACUCGCGCGCGAAACGACGCUUCACUGAGCGCUACGGGGCACCUGUGGUCAGCCAAGGCCCACAGCGCUUCCAAGCGGUCACCCCAUCCGCAUCUGCCAAGGCUACGCGGUCCUUAAAUGCUGUUUUUCAUGUGUCUGUAGGAGGGCAUUCCACCACACACGAGAUCGUGCUUCUCGACGCCAUGGAUCUGAUCGCCAUGCAGCGCGAUACCCGGCCGAAUAUUGCGCCCUACGGACAGCCUCUCGACAAGCUCGUACGCCAAGCUUUUCCCAGCACCUAUGACUUUGUUGAGUCACUCAGCAAAGAGCGAUCGAAGGAGCAGCAUCGGCCACGCGUGAUUUUUAGCCAUGUUCCACUUUGGAGGCCGACACCAGGAAUCGCUGAGAACAACUGCGACAUCGAAACUCGCUCACGCAAACAUGGAGUGCGCAGGGAGCACCCGAGUCGUGGCUUGUAUCAAGACACGGAUAGGUACGACACGUACCAAAACCUCCUCAGCAAACCGGUUUCAGAUUGGAUUGUGAAGAAGAUUGGCUGGAGUGGUGGUGCAGUCCUCUCCGGCGAUGAUCACGACCACUGCGAGUAUGUGCACAAUGCCAGCAGUACCUCAGGCGCACUUGGCCCCACUGUGCAGGACUUCGGCAGGGAAGAUCUGCCAGAACUCACGGUAAAGAGCAUGUCGAUGACCAUGGGGGUUCGCAAGCCAGGCUUUGCCCGCAUUACGCUCUUCGCGCCCAGCUCUACGCAGGACGCGACCAACCCUUCGAUGGCCUACACUCCGUGUCUGCUUCCUGACCGUGUCGGCUUGUCAAUCAAGGCUUACGGGAUGCUCACAUUAUGCGGGCUCUUCGUUCUUACAGCUGUACACAACUCAACCUUGGCAUCGAUUUUCGGCAAAGUCCUACCGUUCCGACUGUCGACACAUCGCAAAAAGGCCUCAGACACGUACAAGCUGCUACCUACGAUGGGGAGCGGAGCUCGGGAUGCACGUGCCAAGCAGGUACGGCGCAGAGUGACAGGUUUGGUUCCAGCUUUGAAGGAUCUAGGACUGCUGCUGGCUCUCUUUGCCGUGUAUUUUUACUUGGCAGUCGCCAUAUUGUGAGCCAUAC